AUUAUUUUCGUGUUUAUUUGUUCAAACAAUUAAUUCUCCACGUCAAAAACAUUAAUUUUUCCUCCAAAUAAAGAUCUAAAAGCUUCAAAGAUAUCCAAAACAAAAGUGCAUACCCACUUUCCUCAGAAGGAAGACCGUUUGCAGUUCUUCCUCAUUCAUCAGCGAAAAGAGACAGGAGAAUUUUGGGUGUCGGAAGAAAAUGGAUGUGGUGCAGAGAAAGGUCAACAAAUAUGGAAGAAAGAUCGCAUCUUUGCCACAUAUCGCCAUUGUUGGUCGAACACUCUUCACUUCCUCUUUCUUCCUCUCGGCCUGGAACGACUAUAUCGAACUCAGCUCCAAUUGGGAAGCUGCAGAUGAUUACUGGAGACCGAGAUUCGGCUAUUCAGUUGAUCAGGUUAAACACCUCGUGGCCGUAAGUAUAGUGGUGAAGAUACUCGGGGGACUGACCUUCGUAUACGGGAGCUACUUUGGAGCAAUCUUAUUGCUUCUGUACCAAUCCGUUGCAAUCCCGAUACUGCACGAUUUCUACAAUCAUCGGUUUCAGACCGAGGAAUUUGGAUUGCUUUAUCUCAAGUUCAAAAGGGUUGUAAAUGAAACUGUUUCAUACGAGACAGCUUACAACUACUACAAAUCAGAUUUCAGCGAUCAGGAACUGGCGAAAGUCGGUUCAAAGUUCCGCGAGCUCGUGGAUCACGCGGUUACAAGCCCUGCAUUGUUCGGGCAGAACGAGUUCAACUCACGGUUCAUAAGGUUCCUUCAGGGCUCCGCCAUUGUUGGAGCGUUGCUCUUUUACGUCGCUCUGAAACACAAACUCGACAGAGUGAAGACAGAUGCCAAAGUGAAAACCGACUGAAGACAUGGCGACAUGGCACCUGAACUCUGAGAAGAUGUCACUUUUCAUUAUGACAGGUUUUACAUUUCUCGUCGCAGUAAAAGUGAACUGAAGAAAAGACAGUCAUUGUUUUAGAAAUUUACCUGACUCUUUCCUUUUUUACCUUCAGUCCUCAGAUUUGUUCUUGUCUGCUUUGAUGUCCGAAACCUAAGAAAGCACUAUUAAUGAAGAGGGGAACUAUAUGCAUGUA